GCGGCAGCCAUGGCCACGCGCUCCCACUGUGCGCUCGCGGCUGCACUGCUGGUGGCGAUGGCGGCGACUAGCACACAGUCGCCGCACGGAGAGGGGAGUGCGCGCAUCACCGACGGCAAAGCCGCUAGGCUCGGCCAGUUCCCACACCAGGCUCUCGUCCUCGGCGACGGGACCCACAUAUGCGGCGGCUCGCUCAUCACCAGAACUACAGUCCUCACCGCCGCCAUCUGCACCGUCGACUUUGACAAGUUCAUCAUUCGCCUGGGAACCGUUCAUCGGACUAAGAACGAGACCACAGCCUGGGUCAUUGCCGCCCACUGGUCUGUAGCCCACCCGGACUACACAACGGAGGCCUAUUUGAGUCACAACGUGGCUGUAGUAUUCCUGCCCAAGAAAGCUCCUCUCAGCAGUUUCAUUGAGCUGAUGACGUUAACUUCCUUCAGUGAGGUCAAUGAAACCUUCGUAGGAAAAACUGCCUUGCUCAGCGGCUGGGGAAAAACAGGUGACGGCAAAAACUUUUCUGACACUCUUCAGUAUGCUGAGUUGACGGUUGUUCCCAAUUCAGUAUGCGAGGAGGGCUACGGACCAGAUUUCGUUCUUGAAAGUACGCUGUGUGCCGGAAACAAGUUCAAAGGCAUCUGCUUCAAUGACCAUGGCGGAGCCCUUGUUCUCAAGACCAAAGAAGGCUACAAGCAGAUCGGCAUUGCCAGCUUUAUGUAUGACAAGUGCGACGUACCUAUACCUGGUGGCUUCUCCAGGGUAACUUACUUCCUCGACUGGAUCACAAAAACUGCUGAAGUUACUGAUGACUGAGAAGCUGGCAUUGAUAGUUACACUGUUCCAUUACUAGAUCACAUUCAAUAUGUAUUUUAAUGAAACUGAAAAAAAUCAGCACAUGACACCUAAUAAUAACCCAGAAAAUAUGU